ACCCCCCUGGUGGCCUCCUGGGGAACUACAUGUUUGAGGCAAGUCGACAAAAUGGCUGACGGCUGCAUGAUGUCAGCAGAAUGUGAAAUAAAGGUGACAUGUUUGUAGGGUGGAAGAGAAGAGAGGGAAGUAGGAUUGUUUUGUUAGCGGAUGCGACUGUUUUAGGUAACCUAUUUUUUGGGGGGAACUCACCUGUCUGUGGGAGCCACAGUCAAGUAUGGAAAGACACAGGAUGACUGAGGACUACACUCCAAUGAUGAGUGAACAACAAAAUGAGUGAAAAAUUGUGUCUUAAUUUUGUUGCCGUUCAAAUAAAUUGACUCCUCCCCCUUCGAUUUAGUCCCUCCCCUCACGUCCUGGCUAAGUUAAACCCCGCCCAUCCCAUACUACCGUUCCCGAGCAAGUCUGCCUGUGUGUUCUCAUCCAUUUUCUUGUUACUGCAGUCAGGAGACCAUCUAGCACAGGUUCUUCCUACAGUCCAACAGUAGCCGGUCUCAGCCUGGAGCACUCCAUGCCUACCUUCACCUUCUGCUCGUUGUGAUCCGUUAAAGAAACUGACGACGUCCAGUACGCGAAUUUUUGUUGGUCUCCCCCCCCCCACCCACCCAUCACCAACAACACGACCUCUCCAGCCUUCCCGCCUCCGCGCCACAGUGGGUUUUUGUGUUGCAAAAGAGGAGGAGCGAUUGAAGGAGACAGGACGACUGACUGAAGAGUAGUCGGCUCGCCAGCGAGAAGCAAACCUCACUGCUGCCGUUGUAGCACCAACAGCUAGCCGGGUUGUUUUUCCUCACUUUCAAGCCAGUGGACUUUAAAAAGAAGUAGCGUUGGUGCAAUCUCCACAGUGGGCGAGGAGAAGGCGCGGACAGGAUUUUUUUCAAUAAAAAAAAACGAAAGAAGAAAAAUCGGGGAACAGUGUGUGACAACGCCUCUAUAGGCAGCUAUGGAAGUUGUUGUGACGGAAGAGAAGAAGAAGAUUUUCCGUGCCAGGAAAACCAUGAAGAUCAGUGAUCGGCAGCAACUGGAAGUUCUUCAUGGCACUUUGUUUACGGCGGCGACUAGUUCAUCUGAACCGUCUCUACCUCUAAUGAACGGCUCACACAAAGAGGAUGGACAAAAGGGCGGGGAUGCCGAACAGAACAGCCACCGGGACUCAAACUCUCCGAUCGCCACAUCACCUGCCUCUCAGACCUCGCUGAGCUCUCCCGCUCCAUUCCUGUCGCUCAGUCUGUCCCCCUCGCCUGUACCCUCGCAAAGUCCAAAGGAAAAGGAAGACUCUGCCCCUUCUUCGCCAUUCCACUGUAUAAACUUUGAACUGAAAAAGUUGGAGGACGAAAAGACUGAUUUGUCAUCGCCCCUGUCAAAGGAGACUCUUGAAGCAGCAGCAAAGGAAUCCAAAGAGCAGCAGGAUGAAGACAGCAAGGUGUUGGAAGAGACAGAGGAGGACCAAACCACCCCAGAGGGCAAAGCUAACGAUUCCAACAAAGACUUUGCUAAAGAAUUAGCUUCUUCUUUGCCACCUCCAGAAUCUGACUGUAUAAACCUAAUGGAAACCGACACUACUCCCAAGGCCAAGCACACAGCUCCAACUCAGUCUUCUGUAUCUUUGACUUCCAUUUCCUCCACUCCUACUUCUUCUGUGGAUAUAAACCGAGAUGUAAAAGAGGCAGUGAGUGGCAAUGAAGAGACCAAGAAAGGCUUGAUAAAAGAAGACAAGAUUGAGAUGGACUUGAUAAAAGUGGAUGCCAAAAAGGAAAAAGUGGAAGUUGGGCAGAUGCCGAAGUCAUCUCGCCCAGCAUCCACUCCACCAUCUAAUACAGCAUCAGAUGAAAGACAUUUUGCUUCUGGACUUAAGCGCACUUUAUCAGAGGGCUUUGACAGCGAUGGGCAAGUUGUGAAAAGAGAGGGGAAGAGACCGAAGAUGGAACAAGGAGAGUUGGAGGCUGAACUGGAACUCAAAAUAACGGCAAAAGCUGGUAGUCAUCACAAGCUUGAGAAGAUCGUGCAGCAAUUAGUCGAGGAACGACUGAGGGUCAUAGAGAUGUCCAUUUUUGAGAAGAAUUUCCAGGAGAUGAAGGGCAGAGUUGACAAGAUUGACUGUGCCAGUAAGCACCAGACAGCCAUCAACUCUCUCCAAGCCAAGAUAGCCCGGCUGUCAAAAAAGUUUGGUGAGGCUAAUCUGGCAUCAGAGAACAAAAGGAAACAGGAGGCCGUUGCUGCUUCUGCUGCCGCUGCUUCUGCUUCUGCCGCUACUGCUGCGGCUGCCGCUGCUGCUGCCAAGACAUCUGUUGCAAACACCCCUCAAGUUCAACGGCCAGUCGUCCGGACGUCCAUGGAGGUGAAGCAGCAUUCAGCGGCAACUGUUACGAUACCCUACACCAAUGCAAAAUCCGUCCCACCUGCUCCCGCUCCAGCGCCAGCACCUACCUCUACAGCCAUGGUUUCACAGGCCCCCAUCAUUAAACUGAUCACCUCCACCCCUAAUGCCGUCUCCACCUUGGCCACUGGCAUCACCACUCAGAGUUCUCCAGGCACAUUGGUGCUGAAGACAGCCCCUGGGAGCAGUGUGAUGACCACUGGCCAGCCACUCCUCAUACAGCUACCGCUAUCCAUGGCUAACGGCCAGACAGGAACACUGGUCAACAUUCCGGUGUCCUCUCUGUCUGCAGCCAGCUCGCUCAAUAAGCCCAAAACCACUGCUUCCACUGCCACUUUCAUCAUCAAGUCCGCUCCUGCCACGACCACUGCUACAGCCUCGAUUCCAGGUGCUGUCACUGUGCCAGCGCUCCAGGCUCCUACUGGACAGAUGCCCUCUGGUCAGAUCUCGCUUGCCCGAGCCGUAUACCAAGGUGGUGCUGGGGGCAUAAGUACGCCAAGUGCUGGAGUGUCCGUGACCACAGCCAGGACCGUGGCUCAGCCUGUGUCUGUAGCUGGAGCCAUGUCUACGGUCUCCUCAUCUGCAACUUCUGGUCCAGCAGCGACGGGUUCAGCAGCUCCAGGCCCCCCACAAGGGACAUCUUUGACAUCCAAAACAGACAACCAAGCCACAGGAUUCACCCCAUCUAAAGUAGCUGCUCCUGUAGCACGUCCCAAAGGCUCAGUCAUUGACCUCACUGAGGAUGACGAUGAUGUGAUGGUAACUGGAGUGAAGGCGGCCACAGUCCCAGCUCCCUCGCCGACCCAGCGUUCGCAUACAGUCAGCAUUCCAAGCAGCUCAGGGGCCAGGUCUUCCCCACAAAGCAUCCAGAACACCUCCAGCAGUACUCCAUCAGCGCACAACCGCCCCCAGCUGGAGUCUUCAAUGAAAUCCCGUACUUCAACAACCACUACGCCAAGCCGUGGCUCCAGCACGACACUACCACCGCUCCCGGCCGCACCUACACCCGUGAGCCUGCCACCUGAGGCUCAGCGGACCUCGCCUCCCCAGCAGCCUCAGCUCAAGCUGGUGCCAAGUCAAACCGGUAUAGUGCUAUCCUGGUGUGUGUCCGAAACCGAUCUAACGUGCGCGGCUGUCGAAAGCUACCACCUGUACGCUUACCACCAAGACUCUAACACCAACUCCAGCAGCAACGCAGCUCAGCAGCACUGGAAGAAGAUCGGGGAGGUGAAGGCCUUGCCGCUGCCAAUGGCCUGCACCCUGACUCAAUUCCAGUCCGGCUCCACAUAUCAUUUUGCAGUUCGAGCCAAAGACAUCUACGGGCGCUUUGGCUCCUUCUGUGAACCCCAAUGCACAAAUGUUAUCAAUUCCAGCUCAAACUGAACAGCUACAAAAAUAAGAAUUCGCAUUUGACUGUUCUUCAGUUUUUAUUAAACUUUUGUCUUAGGUGCUCUACUAUUGUGCUUUGUAGACAUAAUGCAUCUGUAAAUACUUCCCUGCGGGCUUGACUUCUGAAUUAUGUCUAGGAAAGUUACAAAGGUUGCAGUUGAAUGGUUUGUGUAUGUCAUGUGUUUUUCAGGGUUGAUACGGUUUGUAUAUAAUUGAACUACUUUUCCCUCCUUGCUCUCCAUGUCAAAUAAUUUAUGUUAUUGGCUCAUGUUAGUCUCAUCCAGAUUUCAUUUGCUUUACUGGAGACAUGAUGCCGUGAGGAUUGUCAUGUAAACAGAAUUACACAAAAACGUAUGUGUGAUAGGAAGUAAAUGAUAACUUUUGUAAAUUUUGUCUGGUAACCAGACUUGUGACAAACACAAUAAAAGGUUUUAUUAAA